GAUUGACGUUGACAAAGAAAAAUUCUGGGCAAAGAAAGACGCCGACGAUUCAACAACCCUCUCUGAAUUGACUUGAAUCGCAUCGCAGCAUUGCAACUCUCAUCUCAUCUCAUGUGAUCGUCCGAUCAAAAAUUCAUUGAUCGUGUUUUGGUUUUGGGUUGGCCUCCCCUCUCUCUCUCUCUCUCUCUCUCUCUUUCUCUGGUCACAAACACAACAGAUCUCCACCCACUUCUCCCCGCAGCUCGCCAAAAUUCCCGAUUUAAUCAGCCAGAGCCAGCCGCUCACCGAGCCCCAGCCUCAGAUACAAUUCUCUUUAGAGAAUGUCAGCAGCAGCAGCAGGAGGAGGAGGAGGAGGAGGAGGAGGGGGUACUCAGAAGAGCUUGAGGAAAGCCCUCGGAGCAAUCAAGGAUACUACAACCGUUUCAUUGGCCAAAGUCAAUAGUGAUUAUAAGGAACUGGACAUCGCAAUAGUCAAAGCCACAAAUCACGUCGAGCGUCCCGCAAAAGAUAAACACAUUAGAGCUAUUUUUGCUGCUAUUUCAGCCACAAGGCCUCGUGCUGAUGUUGCCUACUGCAUCCAAGCUCUAGCAAGACGAUUAUCAAGGACGCACAACUGGGCGGUUGCCCUGAAAACUUUAAUUGUCAUCCAUCGUGCUCUGAGGGAAGUCGACCCCACAUUUCAUGAAGAGCUCAUCAAUUAUGGCAGAAGCAGGAGCCAUAUGCUCAAUAUGGCUCACUUCAAAGAUGAUUCUAGUCCAAAUGCGUGGGAUUACUCAGCAUGGGUCCGCACAUAUGCCUUAUUUUUGGAGGAACGCCUUGAAUGCUUUCGCAUUCUGAAGUAUGAUAUUGAGACAGAUCGACCUAGAACCAAAGAUCUGGAUACUACCGAAUUACUUGAGCAAUUACUAGCUCUUCAACAACUCCUUUUUCGUGUCAUUGGUUGUCAGCCUCAAGGAGCAGCAGUUAAUAAUUUUGUGAUCCCACUGGCGCUUUCAAUGGUCGCCUCGGAAAGCAUUAAAAUCUAUCAAGCCAUAAGUGAUGGUACAGUUAACUUGGUUGACAAGUUCUUCGAGAUGCAACGUCAUGAUGCAAUGAGGGCUCUGGACAUAUAUAGGAGAGCUGGCCAGCAGGCUGAGAGACUCUCAGAAUUCUAUGAAAUAUGUAGAAGUUUAGAUAUUGGACGCGGCGAAAAGUUUAUUAAGAUUGAGCAGCCCCCUGCAUCAUUCUUACAAACCAUGGAGGAAUACGUAAAAGAGGCACCACUGGCAUCAACAGUUCGCAAAGAUCAGGUUGUUGACAGCAAUCCUUCACCACCUAAAGAAAUAUUGGCCAUAGAGUACAAAAAGAAUGCAGAGGAGGAGGCCAGGCCACCUUCACCAUCUCUACCUGAGCCUGAGCUGGAACCGGAACCAGAACCAGAACCAAUGAAAGUUGAAGCUGCUGUUGCUGAACCACCAGAUUUAUUGGGUUUGAAUGAACCUAAUCCAAUUGCUUCAGAAUUAGAUGAGAAGAAUGCGUUGGCUUUGGCCAUUGUUCCGGUUGGUGAUGGACAAGCUUCUGCUAGUUUAAAUCAAGUCAGUGGAACCACCGGCUGGGAAUUGGCUCUCGUCACUGCUCCAAGCUCAAAUGAGAGUGCUGCAGCUGCUAGCAAAUUGGCGGGAGGGCUGGACAAGCUCACACUAGACAGCCUGUAUGAUGAUGCAAUCAGAAGAAACACCCAAAGUGGGACCAGCUACAACCCUUGGGAGGCAGCAGCAGCCACGCCAAUGGGCGGUGGGAUGAUGCAGCAACCUGGGCACGACCCUUUCUUUGCAUCCAGUGGGAUGGCAGCCCCUCUGCAGGUGCAGAUGGCGGCCAUGGCCAAUCAGCAGCAGGCGUUCCUGCAACAGCAGCAGCAGCAACAGCAGCAGAUGAUGACGAUGAUGGGCCCACAGCUCCAGCAACCCAUGAAUCCUUUUGCGAACCAUGGUACCAAUGUUCACCCCUAUGGCUCUGGGAUGCCAGUUCAAGCCUACAAUCCCUAUACUGGCCUUAUAUGAGAACUAUAUGAUCUCCAUCUCAUUCUUUUUGUUUGUCGCUUGGUGGGUCCAAGUAAAUGAAGAAUUUAGACGAAACACUUGUUCCAUAUGAUAUGUUUGUGCAUGUGCAGCAGUUAGCCUAGCCAGAAAUCUUUUUUUCCCCUUUUGCCAUUAUUGAGGGGCCCUACUCCACUGUUUUUAAUUCUUUCUUUUUUCCUUAGACCCAACCCCCUAGGGGUUGGUAAUAAUAAUAUCAUCAUCAUCAUUAUUAUUAUUAUUAUUAUUAUUAUUAUUUCCUUUGAAAAACCAGCUCCACCAGUUGCAUGUGUACGCAGGAAGUUUGUAACUCUCUGUCUUUGUUGAUAACAUAUUCAGAAAUAUCUUUAGUACU